GGGUGUGUGUAGAGAAAUUAAAGAUUAAUGGGUAGCAAGGAACAAGAUAAUCAAACUCAACCACAUGUUGCUCACGAUCAUGAAUCACAAUUAACACCUGCAAAACAAGGAGGUUGGAUCACACUUUCCCUUCAUCCUAGGGAAUGCAUUUGGCAUAGCCUUAGUCAUGAGUGGAGCCGCAGGGAACUUCAUUGUAUAUCUUAUAAAAUACUACAAUUUCAAGAGCAUAGACGGUGCUCUGCUCGGCAACAUCAUGUCUGGCACCUCCAGCCUUUCUCCCCUCCUCGGCGCCAUCCUCUCUGACUCUUUCUUCGGCUGCUUCCCCGUCGUCGCCUUCUCCACUGUGGCCUCUCUAUGUUGCAUGAUCAUCCUAACAGUCACAGCCGGAAUCAAGGCAUUAAGACCACCAAACUCAGACACUCCGGCGACCAGUGGCCAACUAGCAAUCUUGUACACCGCCAUAGUCUUGUACGCAGUUGGGUCCGGUGGUACAAGGUUCAACACGAUGACAUUAGGAGCUGAUCAGUUGAGCAAUGUGGGUGACCAAGAUGUGUUCUUCAACUGGUAUUUCAUAGUUCUUUAUGGUGCGGCAGCCAUUGGAAGCACUGUUAUUGUCUACGUUGAGGAUAGCAUCAGUUGGGAGCUUGGAUUUGGGAUAUGUUCAGCUGUGAAUACUCUUGCUGUGCUUUUUUUGCUUCUAGGAGUUAAGUAUUAUCAUCUAUCAGGACCAAAAGGGAGUCCGUUUACAACGAUGGCACGCGUGGUUGUUGCCGGGUUUAGGAAAAGGAAGCUUGCAUUGCCGAAGGUGGAGGCGGCUUAUUACUGUGGGUUGUUGGAGAAAACUGAUCAUCAACCACCUUCUUCAAGUUUUAGGUGCAUGAACCGAGCUGCGUUGAUACAACAUGGGGACGUAGCCAUAGACGGUAGCAUAGCACGUCCAUGGAGCUUGUGCUCUGUUGAAGAAGUAGAGGAUCACAAAACCCUAAUCCGCAUUGUUCCUCUGUGGACCUCCAACAUCAUCAUCAGCAUCUCCAUCGCCACCCAAACCAGUCUCUCCGUCCUCCAAGCCCUAACCAUGGACCGUUCCCUCAGCCCCCAUUUCUCCAUCCCCGCCGGCUCUUUCUUCGUCACCACCAUGCUCGCUACUUGCCUCACCCUCUUCAUCCUCGAUCACGCCAUCUAUCCUCUCUGCCACCGACUCACCUCCUAUACUCUCACGCCACUCCAGCGCGUCGGCAUUGGUCAAGCUUUCAACAUCGCCGCCAUGGCUGCCUCUGCUCUCGUCGAGCACCGACGUUCAAUCAUUGUUCAUGAACACCAGGCCGAAAACCAACCUGACUGGAUUGUGCCCAUGUCGGCGUUCUGGCUUGUGCUGCCUUAUUUGUUCAUCGGCGUUGGAGAAGCCUUUCAUUUUCCUGGACAGAUAGCAUUUUACUACCAUGAGUUUCCUAAAUCUUUGAAAAGCAUGGCCACGGGUAUAGUUGCGGUGCUUAUGUCCAUUGGAUUUUAUUCAAGCACGGCGGUGUUGGCGGUGGUCCGGCGAGCUACCAGUUGGCUGCCGGAUAACUUAAACUUGUCUAGAUUAGAGAAUGUUUAUUGGAUGCUGACGUUGGUGGUAGGUAUCAACUUUUUUUACUUUAUUUUAUGCGCAAAGUUUUAUAAGAAGCAGAGUGACGACAAGCAUGUAGUUGGUGUUGAUAUUGAUUGAAGAAAGCCAGCAGGAGUAGCUGUGCUGUGUUGAUGUGCAAAGAAUGCAGUGAAGCCAGUGAAGUCUUUUUCUAUUGUUUUGUUAUGAAAGGAGGGUAAUUUGGUGUUUUCAUGUGUUCAAAUGGUUGGUGUUCAAAUGGUUGGUAAGUUCGUUUGAGGUUUUGGCAAGA